GCCGGUCCCACCCCCCCGGGGGCGGUGCCGGUGCCGGUCCCGCCCCGCCGUGUGGUUCCGGGUCGGGCGGAAGAUGGCGGCGCCCAUGGAGCUGUUCUGCUGGGCCGGGGGCUGGGGGCUGCCCUCGGUGGACCCCGACUGCCUGGCCGUGCUGACGUACGCGCGGUUCACGGGGGCGCCGCUGAAGGUGCACCGGAUCGCCAACCCCUGGAGGAGCCCCUCCGGCAGCCUGCCCGCUCUGAGGACGAAGGACGAAGGCGUCAUCUCCAAAAUGCAACAGAUCAUAACCCACCUCAGGAAGCAGAAGUACAACGCCGACUACGACCUCUCGGCUAAGCAGGGAGCAGACACGCUGGCCUUUGUGUCACUGCUAGAGGAGAAGCUGCUGCCCGUGCUGAUCCACACGUUCUGGGUGGAUGCCAAGAACUACGUGGAGCACACGCGGAAAUGGUACGCAGAAACCAUUCCCUUCCCGCUGAACUUCUUCCUGCCCAACUGCAUGCACAAGCAGCACCUGGAGCGGCUGCAGCUCAUGUGGGGAGAUGGCUACAUGGAGGAUGAGGAGAAGCUGGAGAAGGAGCUGUACCGUGAUGCUCGGGAAUGCCUGACGCUCCUGUCCCAGCGCCUCGGGUCCCAGAAGUUUUUCUUCGGAGACUCGCCUGCCUCCCUCGACGCCUUCGUCUUCAGUCGCCUGGCGCCGCUGCUGAAAGCCAAACUGCCCAACGGAAAACUGCAGCAGCACCUGAAGUCCCUGCAGAACCUGUGCAACUACUGCGCCUCCAUCCUCAGCCUCUACUUCCCCUGGGACGGAGGCGACCCGCCGGCAGGCGCUCCCAGGGCGGCGGCGGCUGACGGCGGCGAGGCAGAGGACGACCCCCACAAGCGGCGAAACCAGGUCCUGUCGGUGCUGGUGGGGCUGGGGGCCAUGCUGGGCUACGCCUUCCUCAGCGGCAUCGUCUCCAUCCAGCGGGGCGCCGCGGGGCCCGCCGGCCACCAGCCCCUCGCCAUGGAGGAGGAGGAGGACGAGGAGGAGGAGUGAGGAAGAGCGGCCGGCGGUUAUCGCCGCUCCACCUGACUGUUGCUCUGCCGGGAGCCCUGCGGCAUCGCUGCCGGCCGGCGCCAGGGCGCUGCGGCCCUGCAGGACCACGGGAGCCCGCCGCGCGCCGCGCCAAUAAACCCGGUUGCUCUGC